UUUUAGCUUAUUUUCCCACCAAAGGGGAAGGUACACUCUCUCUCUCUCCCGCGAACCACCCGCUACGGCGGAACUACUGCCCCUCGCCGCCUCUGUCCCUCACGACCCUCCGCCGUACCUCAACUCACCGUCUCCUACUUCGCUGGUCGGAGAAACGAGGACGGAAAAUCCCGUUCUUCUAGUCUGCUGUCCACUCCUUCGAGAAACACCACACUCUGCACCUCUGACUACGACGACCACCGCCAGUGCUGCUUCCACUCAAUAUCUCCUACAGUCUGUCUCCAUUGUAAAUUCAACCGCCUAGCUCCGGACACAAUGGAUGAGGAUUAUUGAGCUGGUUUCGUAUCAUAUAAUUUCUCCAUUCUAUUUGCGAAUUUUACAGAGUUUGCUAUUGGUGAAGUAAGCAAACGAGGACGGAAAACCCCGUUCUUCUAGUCUGCUGUCCUCUCCUUCGAGAAACACCCCACUCUGCACCUCUGACUAUGACGACCACCGCCAGUGCUGCUUCCACUCUAUAUCUCCUACAGUCUGUCUCCAUUGUCAAUUCAACCGCCUAGCUCCGGACACAAUGGAUGAGGAUUUUUGAGCUGGUUUCACAUCAUAUAAUUUCUCCAUUCUAUUUGCGAAUUUUACCCAGUUUGCUAUCGGUGAAGUAAGCAAACGAGGACGGAAAACCCUGUUCUUCUAGUCUGCUGUCCACUCCUCCCACUCUGCACCUCUGACUACGACAACAACCGCCAGUGCUGCUUCCACUCAAUAUCUCCUACAGUCUGUCUCCAUUGUCAAUUCAACCGCCGAGCUCCGGGCCCAAUGGAUGAGGAUUUUUGAGCUGGUUUCGCAUCAUCUAAUUUCUCCAUUCUAUUUGCGAAUUUAUAGAGUUUGCUAUUGGUGAAGUAAGCAAACGAGGACGGAAAACCCCGUUCUUCUAGUCUGCUGUCCACUCCUUCGAGAAACACCCCACUCUGCACCUCUUGACUACGACGACCACCGCCAGUGCUGCUUCCACUCAAUAUCUCCUACAGUCUGUCUCCAUUGUCAAUUCAACCGCCUAGCUCCGGACCUAAGCACCAAUACCGUGACUGCCAUUGUCAAAGCUCUAAAACCAAGAACUUUUAUCCAAUGGAUGAGGAUUUUCGAGCUGGUUUUGCAUCAUAUACGUUCUCCAUUCUAUUUGCGAAUUUUACAGAGUUUGCUAUCGAUGAAGUAAGCAAAAUUUUAAAUGUUAGUACUGAGCUACGGAAACUAGACAGGAUGUUCCUUAAACUUCAAGGAAUGGUUUAUAGAAUGGAGUGUAGUCGUGCAUAUUUAUGGGACAGCACACACUAUAAGUCAUCGAUUGCAUGGGUAGAAGAAGCCAAUGGACUGAUCUAUCAUAUCAGUGAUAUCCUUGAGGAUAUUUCAUUGAACUUAGGUCUCCGGGAAGGAGAAAAACUGGUAAAUGGAAACCUGUUGAUAGAUAAGUUCUUGUUACUAAUACCACGUAAAAUUAGUGGUAUUGUAGAAGACUUAGAAGAUCUGAUAAAGGAAAUGGGAACAGAUUUUCUUGUUGACUUGGUGAAACAAGUUCCUAAAGUGGUUGCUAGGAAGCAAUGUUGCGGAUUUGCUGGUUUAUCAAAUCCAACUCACACGAUUGGGAGAGAAUCACAAAUUGAGAAAGUUGUCGAAAUAUUGACCCAAAACGAUGUACCUCUUUGUAUCACUGGAAUGGCUGGCAUAGGUAAGACAGUUUUUACCCACUGUCUUUGCGAAAACAAGGAAGUGAAAAAGGCAUUCCCAUUGCUUUUAUGGGUUUCUGUUUCUGCAGAGUUUGAAUUGGUCAGAAUUUUGAGAGCAGCCAUUGAGUCUGUCUCGAAAGAAAGCUGUUAUUUGACGGAUCUGAAUGUAUUAAGGUCCACUUUACAAGAAUUAUUACUCUCGGGAGAUAACUUUUUAGUGGUACUAGAUGAUUUGUGCGUUGAAGAUCUGGAAGAUUGGAACUUACUGUAUGCAGCUUUUAAGGUUGAAUCAAAAUCAAGUAGAUUGGUAUUUACUACCCGAAAUUCAAAAGUGGCAUCUUUUAUUGGUCCCAAGAUGUUUUGUCUUCAACCUCUCUCAGAUGAGGACUGUUGGAAGAUCAUCAAACAAAGGCCUUUCAUUAACAAUAAAAUGCACAAUUUAGAAGUAAUAGGACUUGAAAUAGCCAAAAAAUGUAAAGGUGUACCUUUGGUGGCAAAAACAAUCGGAGACAUACUUCACUGUUUACCUGUUAAUGAAUGGGAUUCUUUGGUUAAGGGUAACCUGUGGGACUUGCCCCAGAUUGAGAAUCAUGUAUUCCCUAUUUUUCUGCUUAGCUAUUGCUGUCUGCCACAACACAUAAAGAAGUGUUUCUCUUAUUGUUGUUUAUUCCCACCAGAAUAUGUCUAUAAAAUGAAGGAUAUUGUUCUGCUGUGGAUGGCCGAAGGCCUGAUUCAUCCGAUAGACGGAAGAAGAAUCGAGGAUAUUGGUCGAGAAUAUUUUGAAGAACUUGUAUGGGGGUCUCUUUUCAACUCUGGAAAUGAAUAUUUUCAUGACUUUGAUGGAUCUUAUACCAUGCAUGAGUUCAAUCAUCAUGUAGCUGCUUCUGUCUCUUCGAGUAUAUGUCAGCGUAUAAAAGACAACCAGUCUUCUUACUCUCUUGAUAGGGUUCGACACUUGUCAAUUUGUCAUGGCAAUACUCAGUCCAAUGGCCUACAUAGUUUCUCCAAAUGUCACAAUUUGCGGACAUUCACAUUGUUAUGUGCAACUAACAUAGGUCCAAAUGUCCCUACACUCUUUAAGAACUUCAAAGUUAUGAGGGUUUUGAACUUAAAGUGCGGGGGCAUCACAGAAAUACCAGAAAUUGUUGGCAAUCUUAAGCACUUGCGGUACUUGGACCUUUCCAGUAAUAACAUCAAUACUUUACCAUCAUCACUAUGUGAGCUUUCGUUAUUACAAGUGCUUAUUUUGGAGAAUUGCACAUCAUUGAUGUGUUUGCCGGACAAGUUUAGUAGGCUAACGAAUCUUCGGCAUCUUUUCUUUGAUGUAAAACAUCAAAUUCAUCAAAUGCCAGUAAAUUUCAGAUUCUUGAAGGAAUUACAAACAUUGAAUGCUUUCGUUGUGGAAGCGGAGAAUGGUCAUACCAUUGAAGAAUUAGAGGAUUUGAAUUCUCUGACGGGAUCAUUUUCUUUAAUUGGAUUAGAAAACAUUCUAAAUGGACAAUUAGCUGCAACUGCAAACUUAAACGAAAAGCAAGGUAUUAUAGAGCUUGAGCUGCAAUGGAGGAGUCAUCACGAGAGAAAUAUCGAAUAUGAGAUUUUGACGGGUCUUCAACCUCAUAAAAACUUAGAAAGGUUGGUCAUCAGUGAUUACCGUGGUACCACGUUUCCAUCAUGGCUCUGGUAUGGACCUCACUGCAUGCUUAGAUCUAUAUACUUGCGUAACUGUGAAUGCUGCAAAGGUCUCCCACCUUUGGGAAAACUUCAAUUCCUUGAAAGCCUUACUAUUGAGAAUAUGACGUUAUUGGUAUCAGCCUUCCCUUCUUUAGUUGAUCUUGGCGUGUUUCCGUCACUCAAGUCAUUAGUUUUUUCUACAAUGCCUCAAUUGAUUGGUUGGGGAUCUGGUGAAUAUGACAUGCCUCAACUUACUGAUCUGAAGUUCUACACUUGCCCGAAACUAAAGUGUUUGCCCGAACUUUCCCGGCUCAGUUCUCUCAAAUGCCUAGAAAUUGAAAAAUGCGAAGGACUUGAUUGGUUGCCAUCUAGUUCAGCUUCUAUGGAAAGUUUCAUCAUCCGGGAUAGUCCAGCCCUCAGUGACAGUUGCCAGGUAGGUGGCGAAAACUGGAGUACAUUGAAAACAAUACCAUUUGUACAGAUUGAUCAAUUGGUAAUGCCCACGACGCCACAACAAAUCUGAAGUUCGUAGGUUCCUGAUCAUCCAAUGAUGAUUGCUUAUUAUCUGGUGUAUUUUUGGGCGAAUAUAUCUCUCCUGAGAUUUCUGUGUUGAUUGGUUGUAUAUCAUUCUCCUGACUGUUACUGGUUUUGCCUUGAGGUUUCAUAUUUGUAUAAUUGCUUCUAUUCUCUGUUAUGUUGUACUUCCUUGUGAAUCUUGACAGUUUAUAGACUGUAUGGAUACUCCUGUAUUGGUUGUAUUCUCGUUUUGGUUGUCUGCUACCUUUGCCAA